AUGCAGCUGGUGUCACGGAACAAGCAGGAAACCCCACUGCUCCCCUAUAAAAACAGGGGCUUGUCCCGGGGGUCAGGAUCAGAGGUUAGAAAGAGUCCCUGCUCUGCUCCUAUGGUUCAUCCCUCACCCAACAGCAACAUGAAGGUCUCCAUGGCUGCCCUCGCCGUUCUCCUCAUCGCUGCCUUCUGCUCGCAGGCCUCCUCUGCCCCACACGGUUCUGACACGACCGUGUGCUGCUUCAGCUACACCACCCGGAAGCUGCCCCAGAGCCACCUGAAGGAGUAUUUCUACACCAGUGGAAAGUGCUCUCAGCCCGCUGUAGUGUUUGUCACCAGAAAGGACAAACAAGUUUGCGCCAACCCAGACACCAAAUGGGUCAAGGAAUACGUGAAUUUCCUAGAAAUGAAAUGA